CUUUGUCGCCGGGCUUCCUUUGCCCGUCAGCCGUCUACAACAACAAGAGCCGCGAGGAAGAUACUGUAGUUGCGGAGUCAACGGAACAGGUCACAGAGGAAAACAAGAAGGCGUUGUAGGUCUCAGAUGAAAAGGCUGGACUGGUGACUCAUGAUGGAGGAUUUCAGGCGGACGUACCUGCGUCUGUGUAAGGAGGUCGGCGUUGAGCCUCAGGAGACUGUUGUGGCUCAGCUCCAGGAGAGCAGGGCUGCUCAGGGCUCCAGGUUGGACCUGAGCGGACAGAGCCUGUCUGCAGAUACCUGCUCUGUGCUGGCCAGGGCCUUCCAAAAGGAUACCGUCUUCACAGAGUUGUUGCUCAGUGACUGCAUGCUCAGCGAGGAAGGUGCCAAAGUACUUCUGAGUGGACUGUUUGGCAACACGACUGUGAAAGUCCUGGAUCUGAAGGGGAAUAACCUGAGAUCAACAGGGGCUGAGGUGUUGGGAAAGCUGUUGGCACGUAACAAAACUCUGCGUAGGCUGGUGUUGGAGUGGAACGCUUUGGGGGUGUGGGACGAAGCCUUCUCGCUCUUCUGUGAGGGUCUGGCCUCCAACAGCACGCUGACACAGCUGGACCUGCGCAACAAUCAGAUCAACCACCACGGAGCGGCCGAGCUCGCUCUGGCACUUAAACGCAACACCGCUGUUCAAGCGCUAGAUCUGAGAUGGAACAACAUUGGUCUGUUAGGAGGCAGGACUUUGCUGGAGGCUCUGCUGAAGAACAAUACCCUAGUGCAGCUAGAGAUGGCAGGGAACAACAUACCUAGUGACACACUAAAAGCUCUUGAGCAGACCACAGGGCACAACUCAGACAGACAGUCCACCCUGAGAGACAGCCGCAGCAGGACCCAGGUCCUCAGCAAGGAGAUUCAGACACUGAAGGAGGAGAAGGGUCGGCAGUUCCUCAGCCUGAUGGAAACCAUAGACAGGCAGAGGGAGGAGAUAGGACACUCCAACGGGUCCACCUCCAUUAAGCUAGGCCAACUCCAGGAAGCUCUGAAUGAGAGGAAGUCGGCUGUCAAUUCGCUCACCGCCAAACUGCAGAUGACAGAGGCUGCCCUUGCCCUCUCCGAGCAGAAAAACCACAACAUGGGAGAGCUGCUGACACGGGUAAAGGCUGAGAAAGAUGAACAGCGGGAACGACAGAGCAGGGAGAGGAAGAAAGAACAAGAGGAUGGUGCACUCAGAGAAGGUAAACUCCUCAGAGAGAUCCAAAACCUGAAAGAAACCAACGCCCAACUCAUGAAUAAAGUGGAGGAGAUGGAGCGCCGGUGUAAGUCUCAGCAGCAGCAGAUCUUUGAGCUGAAGCAGGAGCUGACCAACAGCACGGCAGAGCUCAAGCUGCAACUAGCACAGACGGAAGACCGUCUGGAGAUAGAGAAGCGAAGAUCCAAGCAAGCUCUGCAAGACAUGGACAGUCUCCGCCAGAAGGAGGUGGAGCAUGUGAAUCGACAUCUAGAAGAGAGUGAGAGGGCUCUGCAGGAACGCAUCUUCAAACUGGAGGGACAGCGGAUACAACUUGAAGAGGAGCUGAGUAAAGCUAAAGCAGCGUGUGUGACGGAGAGGGCCCAGGCAGAGGAGGAACUGGGAAGGGUGCGAGCUCAAGUGCGUCUGGAGGAGCAGGAGAAUGUGUCGUCCUUGGAGGAGAAGCUUCGCUCUGCACGUUCCCUCCAGCAGGAGGUCCAGCUCCACUGCUCCCAGCAGAAACAGACCAUCUCUGAGCUGCAGGCCAAGAACAGCCAGCAGAGCAUGGAGAUAAACGGACUGCGGCGCAGGACAGAGGAGCUCCAGCAGGAGCUGUUGGGUAAGGACCAGGAGAAGGUGGCUGAACUGAGCCGGGUGAGGGUGGAGCUGCAGGAGCAGAUUGGACAUUUACAGGCAGAGAGAACAGCACAGGGGGGACUCAAAGAGAAGAUCAAUGCUCUGGAGAGAGAGAUUAAAGCACUGAGCAGUAACCACAGAGAGGUGCUGCUCGACAAAGAGAGCCAGAUGUCGUCCGUGCUGGAGAAGGUGCGGCUGAAAGAGGCAGAGAUCCAGAGGAUGAGAGAGGACGAAGCCCAAAGAGCCAGCUACCUGCAGAGCGCCAUCCUCACCUACGUCCAGGGCUCGCCUCUGGGACACUACGGCAGCCCCAAGAAAUAACAGCUGGAUCCUCCUAGCCCUCACUUGCUUUCUGCACAGCUCAGGACCGUCUGAAGAAUACAAAAAAAAAAUCAUGAUUGUCUGGAGUGUGAUUGGAGUUACCUAACACAAUGUGCCGAUCCAGUCAAGAUUUGACGUGUUGAAAAGCCAUUCAUGGUCCCCAGAGCACGAAUAUUACAUGUAUUUUUUUAGAUCUUUAGAUAAAAAAAAAUUGUUAACGCUGCUGCAGGGACGAAUGACCCUAUGAAAUUUCAUCUAUUGCCAUCCUCAGGGCAAAAUGUACAUUUAGCCCCUCCCCCCCACUGGUGGAGUAAUGAACACUUCAGCCUGUAGAGGAUGCUACCAGUCCAGAAGACUAUUUUUUGGCUGGUUGCCAAAACAGCAUGUUUUUUUAAAAUCUCUUUUAUUGGUCACACGCCAGAAUUUAGUAACACAGUAAUACCAUGAUGGUCCAAAUUUGUAUUCCUUCAAGAUCCUCCUCUCUUAAAUGGAAGGGCAAAACACGAUCAGGGAACUUUGCUCUACAAUGCUCAAAAUGUCAACAAGGGCAGAUAUUUGAUUUGAGACUAAGCUGCUGUUGAACAACAUUUCAGUUGCUAUGACCAUAGCUCUGUGUGAACUCUUUAAAUCAGCAUUGCCAAAGGUUUCCUUCUCUCAUGUCUUUAGCUCUCCCAUUAACUAAGAUGUACUGUGCUUAAAAUGAACAACAUCUGUUUUUGCUGUCCACCCCAUCCUGUUGUACUCAUUCGUGUUCUCCUCCAGUCCAAAUGAAUUGAAGGCAGUGCAGCGUUGUUAUUGUUUACAUGUAAAAUGAGAUUUGGUUCAAACAUGCCUUAAUAUUGUAUCUGUCAAACCAGACGUCUGCCGCUCCUCAAUGGCUCAGACACAGAGAGCAGAAGGCUGAUUCACAAAAUCUUGUCUUCUGUUUUAACAAAUCAUUUUAUGAAGUGAGUCCUACUUAAACUAUGGACGCAGUCUUUUAUUAUACAAAUGUUAUAUCUUGAUAUUGUAUGAGAAAUGUGAUGGAUCUUUGUGUUUUUUAUUUUCCGACGUGUUUUUCACAUUUUGCAGAUUUUUU